AUGAAGGCUCCUCCUCGCCUUCUUCCCCUUCUACUUCCCGUCCCCGCCGCCAGCUCCCGCCUCUUCGAAACCACCACGCGCGGCCGCUGCGCCUUCCUCCUCCUCUGCCUCUUCCUCUUCGUCUCGCUCUCCAUCUUCCUCUCCCUCUCCCCAAACCAGCUCCUCCUCCGCUCCUUCGACUACUCCCCCGCCGCCGCUGCUCCCACCGUCGUCGCCGCUCGCCCCAACCUCUCCGCUUUCCCUUCCAACAGCGCCGUCCGCGAAUCCACCGGCCACCUCAAUAAAUCUUCGGUCCCGGAGGCUCGAGAGGAUUUGGAAUCUGUCUCCAUUUUGUUCCCCGACUGGGAGGUGGUCGUGAUUGGACCGGCGGGAAUUUCAGGGGAGGAGGAGGAAUCGGGAUUUCUGUGCGUUUAUCCGAACAAGGCUACUUCCCCGGCGAGGUUCUCGGGAAACUUGCGGGCCACGAAUCAGUCGAUUUUCACGUGCUGGAUGCCGGAGAAGUGCCGCCGGCGUCUGCAAUCGCCGGUGCUCGUCCGGAGGAAGAGUCCAGCAGAAGGGGGAAAAGAGAAGACGACGAAAUCGCUGCUGAGGUGGACAUUUCUGGCGUACGAGUCUUUGUCGACAGAGAGCGACGUCGUUUUGUUCGUCAAAGGCGUAAACAACAAGCAAGGAGUCAAUCGUCCAGCUCACGAGCUCAAGUGCGUGUUCGGCAAUCCCGAUGAUUCCGCGGUGAAAACCACCGCCGUGACGAGCUCCGAGCAGGAGGUUUUCCGGUGCGGUCACCCUGAUUUGACGGGGUAUGGUCAAAACGUGACGGUGGGCGUCAGAGUCACGCUGGAGCUCCCCGACGGAGUUCGUGUCCCUUCGGUGGCGCACUACUCCCCCUGGCGGCGGAGCAGUGUCGUGGUGGGGGAAGCGAAGCUGCAAAUCUGCGCGGCGACGAUGGUGUACAACGCCGCCAAGUUCCUCAAGGAGUGGGUGAUUUACCACUCCGGGAUCGGCGUCGAGAAAUUCUUCCUCUACGACAACGGAAGCGACGACGGAUUGGGAAUCGUCGUCGGGGAGCUGAAUCGGGAAGGCUAUAGAGUCGAGACGGUGCCGUGGAUUUGGGCGAAGACGCAGGAGGCCGGAUUCUCCCACGCCGCGGUCUACGCUCGCGAAUCCUGCGAUUGGAUGAUGUACAUCGACGUCGACGAGUUCCUCUUCUCCCCGCGGUGGAGCUCCGCCGCUCAGCCGUCGGAUCGCAUGCUCAAAUCCCUAAUUCCGCGGAAGAAAUCAGCGGGCCGGGUCGUCGGGCAGGUCACGAUUCGGUGCAACGAGUUCGGGCCUUCGGGUCGGGUCACCCACCCGCCCGACGGGGUGACCCAAGGGUACGACUGCCGGAGGAAAUUGGACAACCGGCACAAGUCGAUCGUACUGCUGGAAGCGAUCGACGAUUCGCUGCUCAACGCUGUGCAUCACUUCCGAUUGCGCGGCGGCGGGGGAGGAGAAGGGGGGAAGUUGUUUAGGACGAAGCAGGUGGGAAUGGGGGCGGCGGUGGUGAACCAUUACAAGUACCAGGCGUGGUCGGAGUUCAGGGCGAAGUUCCGGCGGAGGGUGUCGGCGUACGUGGUCGAUUGGAGGAGGGCGGUGAAUCCGGCGUCCAAGGAUCGGGCCCCCGGACUGGGGUUCGAGCCGGUGAAGCCGGGGGAUUGGGAGCGGCGUUUCUGCGAGGUGAGGGACGAUCGGCUGAAAUCGCUGGUGCGGCGGUGGUACGGCGGCCUCACUGCAGAAGGAGGAGGAGGGUAUAGAAUGGCGUGGCAGAGGUGA